GUGAUUUACGUCUAGAUAAGCAUGUGAACCUUGAGCUACCAUGCAGAUGCUCUGGUCGAACUCUCGGAUGUCCGGUUCUUCGCUACCCAUGCUCCGCGAUCCGUACGACCAGAGUACCGGUGCAAUAUCCCACCCUUCCGAAUCGGUCCGAGCGUCAUGAUAACCAGCGGCCACGUUUUCAGCGCAGCUGCCUAGCCAGGAAGGUCUCCGCGUAUCUUCAACACUGCGCAUCCCAGUCCCGAUAGAGUGCUUCAACUGCGACUCAGGAUCGAAGACCAUCAAGAUGACUUCAACAAAGCAUCGAGGAGGAUACAAGCAAAUCAACAAGGCACUGAACAUUUGUGCCUUCGAGGAUUACCUGGAGACGCAGGUGGCCCGUCUACCAGUGCUUCCGGAUGUCGAGCAGAUUAGUCCUCGCGUGCUUCGAGUGCUGGGUCAAAAUGCGGGAAAGUUCACGCUUCAAGGAACGAAUACCUAUAUCAUCGGCACGGGCUCGAGAAGGCUUAUAAUUGAUACCGCACAAGGUCUCCCAGAAUGGGCGGACCUCAUCUCCGACACAUUCUCAGAACGCAACAUCUCCUUAUCGCACGUCCUGCUAACACACUGGCACGGCGAUCACACCGGUGGCAUCCCCGACCUUCUGCGCAUGUAUCCCCAUCUCACAGACACCAUCUACAAACACACACCUGGAAAAUGGCAGAAGCCUAUCGAAGACGGCCAAAUCUUCAGCGUGGAAGGUGCAACCGUUCGCGCUGUUCACGCUCCGGGCCACUCUCACGACCAUAUGUGUUUCAUCCUCGAGGAGGAGAACGCCAUGUUUACAGGCGAUAACGUGCUGGGCCAUGGAACAGCAGCCGUGGAGAAGCUUAGCACGUGGAUGUCCUCGCUGCGACUCAUGCAAACGCAUCGCUGCGCGAUCGGAUAUCCGGCUCAUGGCGAAGUCAUUCGCAACCUUCCAGCUAAGAUUGCGAGUGAGCUUGGGCAGAAGAGCAGGAGGGAGGAGCAAGUGAUGCAGACCCUGAUUCGCAUCAAGCAGAAGCAGAAGGCUUCGCGGACGGGUAAGGGCAGCGUGAGUGUCAAACAGCUGGUCGCAGAGAUGCAUGGAAGUGGCGUGGACAGGCAGGUUGCGGAAAUGGCGUUGGAGCCGUUCAUGGAUGAGGUGCUUAGGAAGUUGGCGGAGGAUGGGAGGGUAGCUUUUGAGGUCAGGGGAGGUGAGAAGAAGUGGUUUGCGCUGGAGAUGGUGUAAGGCAGCUGUCUUUGAGGCGUUCAAGGAUUUUUGCG